AUGGUAAUUGGAGACUUUAAUGUCACCCUCCAGUCGCAUGAGAAAAGAGGUCCAAGAGCUUUUAAUAUGGGAUCGGCGGCUGAUUUCACAGCAAUGGUGGAUGGAUGUUCUUUAAUUCAGGUUCCCUCCAAGGGCCGUAAAUUCACCUGGACAAACAAUAGGAGAAGAGGAAAUGUAGUUGUUGUGCUGGAUAGGACUUUUCGUAAUGACUCUUGGUUCUCUACCCUUCAUGACUGUCACCAGGAAGUAAUGUAUAAGGGGGCCUCUGAUCAUUCCCCUCUCCUUGUAACUUCGGAGUCUUUGGUAAGGCCAAAUAAUUGCCCCUUUCGAUUCCAGCAUUUCUGGGCAGAAAAUGAGAGUUUCAUGAAAGUGGUUAAGGAAUCAUGGGAUGAAUGGAUUAGUGGUUCAGCUCUUUAUGUUUUCAGUCAAAAAAUUAAGCGGUUGAAAGGUGCGAUUAGGCUAUGGGCUAAACAAAAUUUUCCAAACAUUAACUUGGAAUUAGAGGCAGCGCAGAAAGGGAUGGAGAAAGUGCAGGAUGAGAUUGAAAUUAAUGGGAUGAAUGACAAGAUUUUUGCCAGAGAAGCUGAUGCAAAAACCAGGUUGCUGAAAGCUAUGGAGAACCAUGAAAAGCUCUGGGCUAAAAAGGCCAGAAUGAGAUGGAGAACCCAAGGAGAUAGAUGCUCAAAAUUUUUUCAUGUUAGUGCAAAAAUUAGAAGGUUGAAAAAUACUAUUCACACUUCGAAAAAGGGAGACAGGAAAAUUAUUUCUGACAAGAGCCAAUUGGAAGAUUAUGUUAGUGGGUUUUAUGAGAACUUUCUUAAGGGUUCAGAAACUUCUGAGCAUCUGGACCUGUUAGAUUGCAUCCCAAAUGUGCUCAAUGACCAUGAUAGAUGGAGGCUGGAUGUCUUGCCGAGCAAUGCAGAAAUUAAAGAGGCAUUUUGGGAGCUCGAUCCUGAGAGUGCUCCAGGCCCAGAUGGCUUCCCAGGUAAAUUCUAUAGAUCUUGCUGGGAAAUUAUUAACUUAGAUGUAUGCAAUGCAGUUCGAAGUUUCUUCAGUAAAAGUAGAAUGCCUAAUGGUAUUAAUACUAUAUUCCUAGUAUUAAUUCCAAAAGUGGAAGGGGCAAUGAGCUUGGAUAAAUUUAGACCGUUAUGUUUGGGGAAUUUCUUCUGUAAAAUUAUCUCUAAGAUAAUGGCGACUAGAUUAUCAGGGGUUUUGCAUCGACUAAUUUCAGAAGAGCAGGGUGCUUUCCAGAAGGGGAAAAUAAUUCAUUCAAAUAUCUCAGUGGUGUCUGAGCUAACAAAUUUAUUGUUUUCGACGGCUAGAGGAGGUGGAAUGGGUUUGAAAAUAGAUAUCCAAAAGGCUUAUGACACGAUGUCUUGGAGAUUUAUUUUUCAAGUUCUAAGGAAAUUUGGAUUCUCAGAGAGAUGGGUAUCGUGGGUGCACCAGAUGCUGGGUUCUACCAAAAUUUCAGUUCUUCUUAAUGGUGGUCCGAUAGGGUAUUUCGGGGUGGAGAGGGGUUUGAGACAAGGGGACCCCCUGUCCCCCAUGCUAUUUAUUCUGGCUGAAGAGGUGCUAUGCAGAGGUCUCCAAAGGCUUGUAGUAGAGAAAAAGUUCAAGGCGCUUAAUGGCCCUCGAGGGGUGACGACUCCAGCUCACAGUCUCUUUGCAGAUGACAUUUUCAUAUUUGGGAACGUCUCUCUCAGUUUUGCGGUCUACUGGUGGCCAAAUUCUCUCAUUGAUACUCUUGAAAGAUGGAUGAGAAAUUUUGUCUGGACAGGGGAAGUGGACAAUGCAAAAAAAAUUGUGGUCAAUUGGGACCAAUGUUGUAAGCCUAAGGAGGAAGGGGGUCUUGGAUUGAGGAGAUUGAGGGACAUAAACAAGACAAUGUUAUGUAAAUCUGCCUGGAGAAUUAAGACUGAAGAGUCUAUGGCGAGCUCUUUUCUGAGGGCUAGAUUCCUUGAUAGGGAGGGUAUCCCUAAGAAAGGAUUCAGAAAAUCCUCUAUUUGGCCAGGUCUGAGGAAAAUAUGGGAUUACAUAUCUUCUAAAGAGAGAUGGGUGGUGGGAGAUGGAAAAAAAAUAAGUUUCUGGAAGCAUAUCUGGGUAGGGCAAGGCGCCCUUAAAGAGAGUGAGAUGCUGGAAGGCAUUGAUAUAUCUGUGCUGGAUGGCAAUGUUAGCCGAUUCAUUGUGAAUUUCAAUUGGAAUUUUCCUCAGAUGAAUUCAAAUUUUAUGAGGAACAUAAUAAACGAGGGCUCUCUGCUCGAGAUUGCUCAAUGGUGGAAGAGAAAGUUGAAACUGGUUUGCUGCAAGGAGGCGUGGAAUAUGAGUUUAGCCAUUGUGUUGGAUCAUUUAUGGAGGGAGAGAAAUGCAAGGCUUUUUGAAAAUAAAUAUCGGUCAAGCAGCUCUAUGGGAAAUCCUGGUCGGGCUGGAGCGGGAGGUAUAUUUCGGGACCAUCAGGGCAGGGUUAUGGGUUCUUAUAAAAAAUAUAUGGGUAUUACUGGAGUAUUUGAAGCGGAGGUGGAGGGUCUGAUGGAGGGGUUGCUGCGAGCAAAGGCCAUGAACAUCACUUGCUUAUGGGUGGAGUCAGACUCUAGCUCGGUUGUGCUAGCGAUUCAGCAAAGGAAAAUUCCCUGGUAUGCUCUCCAACGAUGGAUGCAUCUUAAGCCUUUCCUUGACAGUAUCAGCUGGAAGGUAUCUCAUAACUUCAGGGAAGGGAACUCCAUAGCUGAUUACUUGGCCAAAGAUGCGGCGAAGACAGGGAUUUCGGGUGAUAAUGUGGUCCUUCCCUCCCAUAUUCUUGAUGUCUUGCAAAGGGAUUCAGAUGGGAGGCCUCAUUUUCGGUUUUAUUAG